CUGAGAAAUAAUAAACUAUUCAAAAGCGCCAGAGUAACGUCCAUUCCAGCGGCAAGGCGUGGACAGAAAGGAAAACGCCCCAUACCGCAUACGCAGCGCGUGGGGUAGACGCGCUUUCUUGUAUGCUGAUGGAGAGAAUCGCUGAGCUGUGUGAUGGCGAAUGCGGAAUUGUGCAGUAUACGAGAGUGUGAAUCCUCUGUCUCAACGAUUUGAUUGCUCCCCGAAAUCCAGAGACCACGAACGGAUCAUCGAUAUCUCCUCCGAUUGAAGCUAUAAUACAGUACAAGAAUCGCUCAUUCCAAUUCCUACAACUCUCUCCUUCUCUCUCUCUCUCUCUCUGUGUAUACUGAUAGUCGUCGGCGGCGGCGGUUGCGGUGGUGUUCGUCUGGCGAUGUCGGAGGAGGAGGUGUUCGACGCGGCGGUGGCGGUGAAGGAGCUGAGAGGUAGUUUUGCCUCCGGCAAGACUAGGAGCUACGAAUGGAGAGUGUCGCAGCUUCAGAGCCUCCAUAAGCUCUGCGUUGACCAUGAGGAAGAUAUCUGUGAUGCGCUUCGCUCCGACCUCUCCAAGCCUGUUUUGGAAUCCAUCGUUCACGAGAUAGCUAUGGUAAAAAAUGCGUGUAAAUUGGCACUUAAAGAACUCAAGCGUUGGAUGACACCAGAAAAGGUUAAAACUUCAGUGACCACAUUUCCUUCGUCUGCUGCAAUUGUACCAGAACCAUUGGGUGUUGUUCUUAUCAUUUCUGCUUGGAAUUAUCCAUUUUUAUUAUCACUUGAUCCAGUUGUUGGAGCAAUUGCAGCUGGUAAUACUGUGGUUCUAAAGCCGUCAGAAAUCUCUCCAGCAACAUCAUCUUUAAUGGCAAAGCUUGUAGGGAAAUAUUUGGAUACCUCUUGUGUAAAAGUUGUUGAGGGUGCUGUUUCUGAAACUUCCGCUUUGCUGGAGCAAAAGUGGGACAAGAUAUUUUACACAGGCAAUGGAAGAGUGGCACGUAUAGUGAUGGCUGCUGCUGCUAAGCACCUUACACCAGUUGUUUUAGAGCUUGGAGGAAAGUCUCCAGUAGUAGUUGAUUCAGGAAUCAAUUUACAGGUUGCAUGUAGGCGGAUUAUUGUUGGUAAGUGGGGUUGUAACAAUGGACAAGCAUGCAUUGCUCCUGACUAUAUCAUAACUACGAAAGAAUUUGCUCCAAAAUUGGUGGAGUCUCUGAAACAAGAACUGGAGAUAUUUUAUGGAAAGAAUCAGCUGGAAUCCAAAGAUUUGUCUCGCAUUGUGAAUGCUAACCACUUUGAUCGCUUGUCAAAGCUCUUAGCUGAUGAUAAAGUUUCUGACAAGAUUGUGCAUGGAGGUGAAAAGGACAAAAGCAAAUUACAGAUUUCUCCCACCAUCUUACUGGAUGUCCCUCGAGACUCUCUGAUUAUGACGGAGGAAAUCUUUGGUCCCUUACUUCCCAUUCUCACGGUUGACAAAGUGGAGGACAGCUUCGAAAUAGUGAACUCGGGCACAAAGCCACUUGCGGCGUAUUUAUUUACCAACAACAAAAAGCUCAAGGAACGGUUUGUGGCUUGUAUCUCUGCAGGGGGUGUGGUUAUCAAUGACACCACCUUACAUCUCACUGUUGAGACACUACCAUUUGGAGGAGUUGGAGAGAGUGGAAUGGGAGCCUACCAUGGGAAGUUCUCUUUUGAUGCAUUUACCCAUAAGAAGGCUGUCCUUUAUCGGAGUUUCGCAGGCGAUGCACCGAUUAGAUACCCGCCAUACACAAAGGGAAAGUUGAGAAUUCUCAAGGCUCUUAUUGGUGGUGGCAUACUGGGAAUCAUUCGAGCUCUGCUUGGAUGGUAAUAUAAGAAGCAUGUUCAUACUCUCUCAACAUCUUCCCUAUUUAUGUCUUAUUCCCCUGUGCUGCUUUACGAUUUUUUUUUUCUUUUUUCUCCUCUUCAUUUUAAAAUGUGCCAUAUUUUCAGUAUCAAUAGUGUUUGGGAUUUUUUAUUGUAUACUCAUUUAAGAGAAUUUAGAAGUACGUUCAAGAAAUAAAUUCUAUAAAUGGAUUAAAGUUAUUUGUGGUUGGGAAGCUCCCUUGACCUUCCAAGAA